UCCCUUCAUCCCUCCAAUCCUCAUCUGUUCCUCACAGGAGCAGUGGAGAGAGUGAGUGACAGAGGAAUAUCCCACUGUGUGUGAUACGAAAAGUGAAUGAGCGGGAGAGAGUUGCAACAAGCAGGUUGAACUUAUGACAACAAGCAAGGGGAAUCCGCUGGAGGAAAAGUGAUCUACCAACACACCUUGAGGAGUCUCCUAACUGCUCAACUUCAUUCCAGGAUUAUUAGAUCGUCUGUCAACUGUAGCUGUCUCCACUGUUGACAGUGCCUAACAAGCAUCACCAUGGCUGAAAUGGAGCAAUUGAGAAAAGAGGCAGAAAGCCUCAAAGACCAGAUCACUGCAGCCCGUAAGGCGGUGCAGGACACCACACUGCAGGAGGCAGCAAAUGCGAUCGCUGUGGUGGGGCGUGUCCAGAUGAAGACCAGGAAAACACUAAGGGGUCACCUUGCCAAGAUCUAUGCAAUGCACUGGUCCACUGACUCCAAGCUGUGUGUCAGUGCCUCACAAGAUGGAAAACUCAUAGUGUGGGACAGCAUCACAACCAACAAGGUGAAUGCCAUCCCUCUCAAGUCAUCGUGGGUGAUGACUUGUGCCUAUGCACCUUCGGGGAACCUCGUCGCUUGUGGUGGCCUGGAUAAUAUGUGUUCAAUCUACAACCUCAAGGGCAAAGAUGGGAAUGUGAAAGUCAUGCGAGAGCUGGCAGCACAUACAGGUUACCUGUCCUGCUGUCGUUUCCUUAGCGACAGUGAGAUCAUUACCAGCUCUGGAGAUUGCACUUGUGUUCUAUGGGACAUUGAGACAGGGACCCAAAAGACCGUCUUUGCAGGACACCAAGGAGACUGCAUGUCCCUGGCUGUGUCCCCGGACUUCAAGUUUUUCAUCUCAGGAGCAUGUGACUUCACAGCCAAACUGUGGGACAUCAGGGAAGGGACCUGCAGACAGACCUUCGGAGGACACGAGAGUGAUAUCAACGCAAUCGGGUUCUUCCCUAAUGGCAAUGCAGUGAUAACCGGCUCAGAUGAUGCUACUUGUAAGAUGUAUGACCUGCGUGCUGAUCAGGACCUCAUCACCUACCAGGACUCCAGCAUCAUGUGUGGGGUGACCUCCCUUGCCCCGUCUUUGUCCGGACGUCUGAUACUGGCUGGAUACGACGACUUCAAUGUCAAUAUCUGGGAUUCACUUAAAGCUGAGAGAGUGGGUGUGCUUGCCGGUCAUGACAACAGAGUGAGCUGUAUCGGAGUAUCCUCAGACGGCAUGGCGUGUUGCACAGGAUCCUGGGACAGCUUCCUCAAGAUAUGGAACUGAGUCUGCACCUCCAGCCAGCGAGCAGAAGGAGAGCUGUACCAUCUGCCUGGGACAAAGUGAAGACAAAUAAAAGAAUUUGGAGGAAAUAAUUUGGAGUUUGAGGGGAGGGAUGAGAGAUGAGAGGAGCCGUAUAGGGUGAGAAGAGGGGAAUUUAAUUGUGCCAAGUCCUAUCUAAUGAUGGAGAGGGGAUGUGAUGAAGAAUUUAUCUGCUCUUCUGUCACUUUCCUCUCUCUACACCUUUCUUCUCACAUUAUAGGGGGAUUUUUGAUGGGCUGGAGGUCUGAGAGAUGAUCAUUUCUAUCCAUAGUUACUUUGUGGCUCAAAUCAAUAAUAUAUGCACAUCUAUUGCAGCAGAUCACUCAAUGAGAACAGUUGCCAAAUUGAUAUGGUAGCACACUGGAUGACAUAGAAUUGAAUGAGUGUCAAGUUACAGCCUGUGUAGGUUCACAGUAGCUAAUACUAAUAUGCUGUGUUUUAUAUCAAGCAUAAAUUAUGUCAUACUGUAUGGAUUUAAUGAGCAUAUGUGUGUUGUUUCAAAACGUUUGUUAGUUUUCGUAGAUUCCCUAGAAGCUUAUAUGUACUCUCCAUUUUCUAAUUAAAGGAGUUUUUAGCUUGCAGAUGUCUACAUUAGUGGUUGUUUUGUUUGUAGUUGAUGAUCAUUAUUCACCAGGUCUUGGGGUCUCUUCGCUCCCCCUCCCCUCUGGUAGCUAGAUCUAAAAAGUGCUUUGGGUAAACAGUUAAAGUGACAGAUGGGAUAAUAAAAUUGUUUUCAUGGUUCACUAAGCGCUCACAAAAACAAUGACCCAUUUGUCUCAGGAUGGGACUUUUUGUAUGAUUGUUACAGAUGAUGACAGCCAUUGUGUGCAUAUGAAUCUGUAUAUAACAGCUUUUCUUUUCCUCUGGUGUAACACUUGGACAGUUGAUGUACAGGAAAAAAAACUACUUUAACAUGAAUGUGGAUGAUGGCCUCUUACACUGGAUAUACACUGUGCAACAUAAAGCAAUACUACCGUUUUUAAAGACUGUAAUAAAUCUGGGAUUCUGCAU